AUGGAGUCCCAAGGCCAUGAUUCUACCACCUGGGCAGCCAGAGGCAGACCAGGUACCCUUUACCCUCAAACUGGAGCUGCCAGCUUGCCCCAUAGACAGGAAGGCAGGGCUGCUGGACCACAAUUACUUCCUGCAAGGGAUGAGACAGUUAGGAUAAAUGAAGACUUCUCUGUUGGGGCUUUCCUGUCCAGGAAAAAGGCCAUACAAGACUUCCGGGUGAGGUGGCCAGAACUAGUUCUCCUGAAUGAAAAGAAAAAGGAGGAGUUUCCCCUAAUUGGCAAAAGCUCCUCUGAGUUUUUCCAUACUCCCAGCACCUGCUCCUCAGCGGUCAGCAUCACCAACACAGACCUGGAAAGCAGCCCCAGUGAGCUCCUGGACUCCAAAGGACGGUUUGCUGUUGACUCCCAAACCUCUCUUUUAGAGUCUCCACAAAUGAUCAUUCUCAACAGGUAUCUGAAGCCAGCGUCAAUGACAAGGCUGGAGAGGAGAGUGAGGAAGAGGACCCUGGCGGCCAUGAGAGAGCUGGAGCAAGAGAUGGACGCGGUUAAGGGACGACGGUCAGUACUCAUAAAGGAUAUCAAGGAUAUGAAGCAGGAACUGUUAGAUGAGAAAAUGGACAGCAAGCCAUUCCUCGAGUACCUGCAGCAGAAGAAGGAGGAGAAAGAGAGGAAGUAUGACUCUCUGUGGAAAGACUACAUCCAGCAGUGUGAGGAGAUCGAGGACAGGAGGCGAGAGCUGGUCUCCACUUUUACCUCACGCACGGCAAACCUCCAGAAGGAGCUGAUGCAGAACAGGAAGAUUGAGGCCAGCUUGAAGAAGAAGCUGAAGGCCCUGGAGCCCAUCGCACACAUAAAGGAGAGCCAGGAUCAAAAGAUCCAGACCUUAGAGCUGGAGUAUGCCAGCAUAGACCCUGAUGUCUCCUUAAUGGACCGAGAGGCACACCGUCUGUUCCUGAAGGAAAGGGCCGCCUUGGACAAGCAAAUGGAGGAUCUGAACCUGCUGGAGUCUGGAGAGGGCAUCACCAGGGCGCUGAAGAAGAAGGCCAAGGCCUUGGACACUGCAGCCAAACAGGCUCACGAGGACUUCUGGCAGGGUAUGAGAGCUGAGAACAGGCAGCUGCAGACACAGCUCCAGCAGCUGGAUCAGGAAUUCUGCAAACUGGAGGCUGGAAAGGAGAAGCUGGAGCGGCGGAAGCAGCAGUGGAAAGAGCAACAGUGGUACCUGGAGGCUCUGGCCCGGGGGAGGGAGCGCCUGCAGCAGCGGGAGCACCACUAUCAGCAGCAGCGGGAGCACCACCCCAAACCACAAACAGCUCCACAACCAGCACUGGGCCGUCUAUUAAGUGCCAGGCCAAAAGCCAAUCCUAAGUAAUGGCUGCCAUGCCCCAGGAAGCUGACUGGAGCUGAAGCUGGGGCCACCACACAAAGAAUGACAAUGGUGUCUGAUGAUGCAGAGGACAAAAGCUCCAGGCAGCCCAAAGGGCCACCCUGA